CUCUGUGCUCCGCCACACACUCACCGAGACACUCACUGACUCGUUAAAACACUCACUGACUCACUGAGACACUCACCGAGACACUCACUGACUCGCUCAGACACUCACUGAGACACUCACUGAGACACUCACUGACUCGCUGACUCGCUCACUGAGACACUCACUGACUCACUGAGACACUCACUGACUCGCUCAGACACUCACUGAGACACUGAGACACUCACUGACUCGCUCAGACACUCACUGAGACACUCACUGACUCGCUCACUGAGACACUCACUGAGACACUGAGACACUCACUGACUCGCUCACUGAGACACUCAUUGAGACACUGAGACACUCACUGACUCGCUCACUGAGACACUCAUUGAGACACUCACCGAGACACUCGCUGAAAUACUGAGCCACUCACUGGGACACUGAAACACUCACUGAGACACUCACUGAGACACUCACUGAGACACUCACUGACUCACUGAGACACUGAGACACUCAGAGACACUCACUGACUCACUGAGACACUCACUGCGACACUCACUGAUACAUUCAAUGACUCGCUGAGACACUCACUGAGACACUCACUGAAACACUCACUGACUCGUUCACUUAGACACUCACUGACUCACUGAGACACUCACUGAAACACUCACUGAGACACUCACUGAGUCACUGAGACACUCACUGACUCACUGAGACACUCACUGACUCACUGAUACACUCACUGAAACACUCACUGAAACACUCACUAAGACACUCACUUAGACACUGAAACACUCACUUACUCACUGAGACACUCACUGACUCACUGAGACACUCACUGAGACACUGAAACACUCACUGAAACACUCACUGAGACACUCACUAAGACACUCACUGAAACACUCACUGAGACACUCACCGAGACACUCACUGACUCACUCACUGCGACACUCACUGAAACACUCACUGACUCACUGAGACAAUCACUGAGACACUGAGACACUCACUGAGACACUCACUGACUCACUGAGACACUCACUGAAACACUCACUGAAACACUCACUAAGACACUCACUUAGACACUGAAACACUCACUUACUCACUGAGACACUCACUGACUCACUGAGACACUCACUGAGACACUGAAACACUCACUGAAACACUCACUGAGACACUCACUAAGACACUCACUGAAACACUCACUGAGACACUCACCGAGACACUCACUGACUCACUCACUGCGGCACUCACUGAAACACUCACUGACUCACUGAGACAGUCACUGAGACACUGAGACACUCACUGAGACACUCACUGACUCACUGAGACACUCACUGAGACACUCACUGAGUCACUGAGACACUGAGACACUCAGAGACACUCACUGACUCACUGAGACACUCACUGCGACACUCACUGAUACAUUCACUGACUCGCUGAGACACUCACUGAGACACUCACUGAAACACUCACUGACUCGUUCACUUAGACACUCACUGACUCACUGACUCACUGAAACACUCAUUGAGACACUCACUGAGUCACUGAGACACUCACUGACUCACUGAGACACUCACUGACUCACUGAGACACUCACUGAAACACUCACUGAAACACUCACUAAGACACUCACUUAGACACUGAAACACUCACUUACUCACUGAGACACUCACUGACUCACUGAGACACUCACUGAGACACUGAAACACUCACUGAAACACUCACUGAGACACUCACUAAGACACUCACUGAAACACUCACUGAGACACUCACCGAGACACUCACUGACUCACUCACUGCGGCACUCACUGAAACACUCACUGACUCACUGAGACAGUCACUGAGACACUGAGACACUCACUGAGACACUCACUGACUCACUGAGACACUCACUGAAACACUCACUGAAACACUCACUAAGACACUCACUUAGACACUGAAACACUCACUUACUCACUGAGACACUCACUGACUCACUGAGACACUCACUGAGACACUGAAACACUCACUGAAACACUCACUGAGACACUCACUAAGACACUCACUGAAACACUCACUGAGACACUCACCGAGACACUCACUGACUCACUCACUGCGGCACUCACUGAAACACUCACUGACUCACUGAGACAGUCACUGAGACACUGAGACACUCACUGAGACACUCACUGACUCACUGAGACACUCACUGAGACACUCACUGAGUCACUGAGACACUGAGACACUCAGAGACACUCACUGACUCACUGAGACACUCACUGCGACACUCACUGAUACAUUCACUGACUCGCUGAGACACUCACUGAGACACUCACUGAAACACUCACUGACUCGUUCACUUAGACACUCACUGACUCACUGACUCACUGAAACACUCACUGAGACACUCACUGAGACACUCACUGACUCACUGUGACGCUCACUGACUCACUAAGACACUCACUGACUCACUAAGACACUCACUGAAACACUCACUGAAACACUCACUGACUCACUGAGACAGUCACUGAGACACUGAGACACUCACUGAGACACUCACUGACUCACUGAAACACUCACUGAAACACUCACUGACUCACUCACUGAAACACUCAUUCACAGCCAUGGCCACCGCAGCCGCUCCUGCUGCUGUGUCCGAGGAGCUCAGCUGCUCCAUCUGCCUGGAGGCGUUCGACUGCCCCUCCACGCUGAGCUGCGGCCACUCGUUCUGCCUGCGCUGCCUGGAGGCCGCGUGGCAGGCGGCCGGGUGCUACUUCUGCCCCCAGUGCCGAGACGAGUUCCAGCAGAAGCCGCGGCUGAGCAAGAACGUGACGCUCGCCAAUCUCGUGGAGGAGCUCAGCAUUGGGGGCGGUGGCGAGGGGGAAGCCGUGGAGGAGAAAACGACGUCUCCGCGGUUGUCCUGCGACAGCUGCCUGGAUGGCGACGUCCCUGCCGUGAGGAUCUGCGUGACGUGCGAGACGUCCCUCUGUGAGUCCCACUGCAGGCGUCACCUGCAGAACGCGAAGUUCAAGGGCCACUCGCUGGUCGAGCCGGGAGUCGGCGCGCAGGUGCGCAAGUGCCCGAGGCACGGGAAGCUGCUCGAGUUCUACUGCGCGCGGGACAAGAGGCUGGUCUGCACCAGCUGCGCCAUCGUCGGGGAGCACGUGGGUCACGAGUUGAGCAGCGUCGAGGACGCGCACGAGGAGCGGAAGACGCGCGUAGCACGGGAGACGCGAGCAGUGGACGAGAGGAGGAAGGAGGUGGAGGGGUCCGUCAAGCAGAUGGAGGCCGCUCGCAGGAAGGCUCAGGAAUCGGUGGCCGGGAUCAGGGGUCGCAUCACGGGCAAGUUCGCCCGCCUAAGGAAGGCUCUGGACGAGGACGAGACGGAGGCUCUACGCCGCGUGGCCGUGAAGGAGCGCGAGCUGCUGUCCCGGAUCGACGAGGACAUCGCUCGUCACGAGCGGGAGAUCGGCGAGCUCCGGGCGACGGCCGCUCGCCUGCGAAAUCUGCAGAACGAGAGGGACUCGCUCACCUUCCUGCAGGGACACCUGGAGGAGAUGCGCAGAAGGAAGAUACUAAAGAAAUCUGCACCUCCACCUCCCACUUCCCUGGACGCCACCACGAUCAGCUCCCUGGAAAGAUCCAUGCGCAGACUCCUGCCUCUCGUCUAUGGACGCUCACCGACUCUGGACCCGAGCUCGGCCCACGACAAACUCCGGAUUUCCUCGGAUCUCAGGACGGUGACGCUGACCGCUGCCUCCCAGGGUCGCCCAAAUCACCCGCGCCGCUCCGACGUCUACCACCAAGUCCUGUGCUCGGAGAGCUUCUCGUCGGGUCAGCACUACUGGGAGGUGGACGUGGGGAGCCGCUCGGGGUCGUGCCGGAUUGGAGUCGCCUACGCGGCGAUCAAACAAACAAAAAAUGGCGGCGGCGACUGCUUCCUGGGAUGGAGCGACGGCUCCUGGUGUCUACAGAAAGUCGACGGCAGCUUCUCGGCGUGGCACGGCGGGGUAGUGACAGCACUGUCGGUGCCGGAGCCUCCGCGGAGAGUAGGGGUUCACCUGGACUGGGACGCGGGGCUGCUGUCGUUUUACAACGCCCAAUCUAUGGCGCCAUUGCACUCGUUUCGCCAAAUCUUCGUCGAGCCCGUGCAUCCGUGGCUGUACUUGGGGGUUUGUACAUCCGUGACGAUCGUGGAUCUGAGCGGCGCGUCCUGAGAGAGGCGGGCGCCGUUUGCUUGCCCGUGACGAUUUUUCGGUGGUUUAGGAGUGCACGGCUCUCGGCUCAAAUGCGGGGCAGGCUUCGGCGAAGCCAAGUCGAGAAGUAGCGACGCAAAUGAUGAUUGUUAUUCUUUUCCCCAAAAAAAUUUGCAAACAACCAAUUUUUUUAUCAGGAGUCGCAGCGUUCCGCGGUGAGAAUUUCGAGACGGUGGCAACCUUUUUGAUAAAUGACCCGUCAAGAGGCGGUCGGAUCGCAUUAAAAAGAGCCGGAUGCAGCUCCCGGAAGCCACGGGUUUGUUAUGUUCUUUGGGUCUUUCGGUAAAGUCGCGUGGAAUGAUGCAAAGAAAAGAACAAAAAACUAUGACGUUUUGAUCGCAACGCAAGCGAUCGUCAUCAGGAGAA